AGCGAUGGAUGAAGGGCCAACAAAGAAGGAAUUCAGAAAACACACACAUGAACACACAGGUGGGGUCAAAGUGCAACACUUUAUUGUGUGCGUGAGUGUUCAAGUCACACUAGUUCCAGUGCAUUGUGGUAGUAAAGGUCAAGACGGUCCAGAGAGAUCGCUGCGGUGGUGGCAACGACGACGGACGAGCUGGAUGACACGAUGUGUUCAUGCUGCGCCUCGUCCUUCAUCCGCCUAAAGAACAGAUGUCCUCGACCGUGUGGACUCGUCAACCUGCUCAUCACCCAAGCCUGUGUGUUGGCUCUGCUCUUCGGCACGUUGUGGUCAGUAACAGGAAGUGAGUGCUUGCCAGGAGGGAAAGUGUUCGGCGUGGUCAUCAUCUUCAUCGGCGCCGUGUUGGGGGGGCGACUACUCGGGAUGGUCCAGUUUCCCGGCCUGCCCCCAAUCCCGCCACUGCUUGGCAUGCUUCUGGCUGGCCUGAUCCUGAGGAACGUUCCGUACGUGACAGACGCCGUCUACGUGGACGCCGCCUGGUCUGCGGCUUUGAGGAGCAUGGCGUUGUCCAUCAUCCUGGCCCGAGCCGGUCUGGGUCUGGAUCCCUCGGCGCUGCGUCGUCUGAAGGCCGUGUGCCUGCGCGUGGCGGUCGGGCCGUGUGUGAUGGAGGCGUGCGUCGUUGCCGUGGUUUCUCACUUCCUGUUGGCCCUGCCGUGGGCCUGGGGCUUCCUGCUGGGGUUUGUCCUAGCGGCGGUGUCACCGGCUGUGGUGGUUCCGUCCAUGUUGCUGCUCCAGAAGGAAGGUUACGGGAGCGAGAAGGGCAUCCCAACACUCCUGAUGGCUGCCGGCAGCUUUGACGACAUUUUGGCCAUCACAGGCUUUUCCACCUGUCUGGGCGUGGCCUUCUCCACAGGUUCCACGUGGAUGAGCAUCCUGAAGGGUCUCCUGGAGGUGGUGGGCGGGGUGGUGGGCGGUGUCCUCGUGGGCGCCUUCUUGUGUUUAUUCCCCAGUGUGGAUCAGGAAGAUGUGGUGGCGACCAGGAGUUUCUUCCUGCUGGGGUUCUCCGUCUUCGCCGUCUUCUUCACGCAAGUAGUGGGUGCCUCCGGGGCUGGUGGGCUGUGCACCUUGGUUCUGGCCUUCCUGGCUGCGCUGGGCUGGGGCACUGACAAGGCGGGGGUGGCGGCCAUUUUGGGGAGGUUUUGGGAUGUUUUCCAGCCCCUCCUCUUCGGCCUCAUUGGAGCAGAGAUCAUCGUGACGAAGCUGAGCCUCAGCACCGUGGGUUUGGGCGUGGCCGUGAUCGCCGUCGGUCUGGUGGUACGGCUGGUCGCCACCUUCGCGCUGGUGCACGGCGCGGGCUUUGUGCUCAAGGAGAAACUCUUCAUCGCCAUCGCCUGGCUACCCAAAGCGACGGUGCAGGCGGCCAUCGGCUCCAAAGCGUUGGACACGGCGAGGGACGUGGGCGACGACACUUUGGCGAAGUUCGGUUUGGAUGUGCUAACGUUAGCCGUGUUAGCCAUCUUGAUCACCGCCCCCACCGGAGCGCUGGGCAUCGGCCUGGCAGGGCCGCGCCUCCUGAGCCGGCAGGUCAAAGCAUCUGAGGCAGUGGGCGACAUGCCAACCCCGGCUGGCCAAGGUCAAGACCGUGUGUUUUUUGAGAGCAGGCUGUGAAGACCUUCCUUGAAGCCAAACAAUUACAAAUGAAUUUUUAGUGUCUGUAUCUUAAUAUUUGUGUCCGGAGUUCUUGCCCACCCAUCAAGUGUAAAAUUAAACAACCAAGUCAAUGUUUGGCUACCUUAAUUCUGCCAAACUGUUACCCAACAGUAAGGCUAAUGAACAUAAUGAGUACCAAGUGUAAUUUGGUGGCUUGGUGAUGAAAGGCUACAUCCAUCAGUGAUAAUGCAAUGGAAUCUCUAUGGCCACUUGCCCCUGAAAACAAGCUGAUUGGACCAUCUGCGGUAAAAACACGUCUAUGUUUUAUCCUUGAGUAUUUUGCGAAACGCAAACAAACAGACGCCUUGGAACCCUUUUAAAUUCUAAAAUGUAUC